AUGCUCCUGUGGACAACAACCAGAAAAAGCCAGAUAAGGAAUAAAAAAAAGGGACUGACCAUUGCUGUUGCAGGAUUUGCAGGCCAUUAUAUUUUGCAAGCCAUUAAACAUAUGGAGUCUCAAAUAAAACAAGUUUUUCAGAGCCUACCAAAAUCUGUCUUCAGCGCUGGCUAUUUGGGUUUGAAACCAAUGACAAAAUGAGAAGCAGCUUUAAUACUAGGUGUAAGUCCUACUGCCAAUAAAGGAAAAACAAGAGAUGCUCAUCGACGAGUUAUGCUUUUAAAUCAUCCAGACAAGGGAGGAUCUCCUUAUAUAGCAGCCAAAAUCAAUGAAGCUAAAGAUUUAGUAGAAGGUCAAACUAAAAAAUGAGGUAAAUGUGUGAUGAAUUUUAAG